CUAAACAUAGUACAAGCCAGUUAAACUAACUAUAACUUAGUGCAUGCAUGCUGUUAUUGCAAUUGCCAGGCGUUAAGUUGUCUUUUUAUCUAUUAUGGGAGUCCAAGGCCUGCUCAAGUUCCUCCGCACCAACCCCAAGACAAGACUGCAGAACAAAUCUUUGGCUGGACUUGCUGAGAAGAAACGACAAGAAUCUGGAAAGCGUGCAAAAAUUGUCUGUGAUUUUCUCAGUGUUUUGCUUUGGCUAUUAAAACUUUUUCAUGAAGCAAAAAUUACAGAAGGUAGCUAUAAAAAGGAGAGCUAUUUAUUCGGAGGAGAUUACGUGGAGUAUUCCAACAGAUUUAUUGCACUAUUGCGAGCACUGCUAUGUUGUCAUGCUGAGCCCAUUCUUUUUGUUGAUGGAUCCCGAGGUUCUUCACUGGAUGAUUUGGAAAUCAAAAUGUUGACUUUAGAAAGUAGAGAAUAUGAGCGCUUGAAGUUUGUUGAGAAAUGUGUGCAGUAUUGCAAUUACGAUCCUACGUUAGACCCCGAAGAUGUCAGGAAAUGGAGGAAGUAUCCACUCAUUAUCUUACACGUUCUUAUGGCGGUGAGAAAAGAAGUUCCUGAUGUUCAGAUAAUUCAUUGUGAAAGUGAAGCCGAUUCUGAAAUGGCUGAUUAUGCACGAAUGCAUCCGGAGGUGUGUGGUAUUCUGUCCACUGACACAGACAUGGUUAUGAUGAGGAGGUGUACUAUUAUUCAUUGCAAGUUCUUCGAUCGUGAAGACAUCCUCGGCUUACGAAAACCAACUUUCAAUGAGAUGCCGCCAGAUGUAAUCUGUGAUUUGAUAACACCCAGGACUCUAGCCAACGCACUCGAAAUUGAAGUGGAGAAUCUCAAAAUUAUAUCAAUAAUUUGUGGGAAUGAUUACACAAGAUCGUACAAAAUUUACCGACAAAUGGAUUUGGGGUACCCUUUCAUAAGACACGCUGCUAAGUGGUUGGCUGAUUAUUCAGGAGUAUCUCAGCACUUCUUUGAAAUUCCAACAUUUCAGGCCAUUUUAUUGCAAUCCCCGGAAUUCUUUGAUGCAGUUCAGCAUACGUACGAAGCAUAUGGAGAAGCGGAAUCAUUUGUUGAAAUGUGCAAAACAACAAAAGUUGUUCGUGGUGAUAUUCAAAGACACCCCAAAGUGCCAUCUCGGCCAUUGUCCGAAUCUCCUGUGGUAGACAUGGUACGCCGUGGCAUCAAAGAAGGGAGGAUAUCACGUAGACUCUCAUCUGUCGCACAUAGCGGAAUUCUUUGGCGAACCAAGUAUGUGGAAGGUCAAACAUCGAGCACUCAAACCUUUGUAUGUGCAUAUGAUUUGACGUUUCUCUUGAGAAGAGUGAUCUACAUGCUGCUUGGCCUUACAAAGGUUCGUGAAUACGGCAAUUUCACAGAAAGUAUUUCUGUUGCGGUGAGGUUUAAAGAUUUCAAAUUUACUUGUGACAGCUCUUCAUUACUGCUUGAAAUUCGUGAAAUGCAAGACCUGAGCAAAGUGCUAUAUCUCAUUCCCUUCAUUGUGAAAGCAAAAUCACUAAGGCAUUUGAGACGCCUACCAUUUGGCAGUGCCACUAUCCCUACAGGCUACAAUCCACAUGUAGCAAGCCAACUAAGACCGGUUUUACUUUGUGCCUCACUUCUCCAUGCAUGCUCUCUCAAAGAUGACUCCAGUACUUUCGAAAAUGUUGAGGUUGUAAAGAAUGUAUUCCUUGCUACAUGCUUGAUGAGUGCCUGUGAGAAUCCUCCCCUUGAAGUGUUUGAGAGACCUACUGUCGAUUCGAUGAAUAUGAAUGCAGGACUUGCGUGUAUUAUCCACCAUGUGUACGAACUUGCCUCUCUGUUUGAUAUGCUCGAUAUUUUGUCGCCUCCUGGAUGUUGCUAUCAACCUUCUGCACUUGUGGCCUUCCAUCAAGUAGCUAUAGCUGGUAAAGACAGAGUGAAAACAAAACGGAGAACGGACAGACAUUUUGUUUCGCUUCAUACAACAUACACUCAUCUGAUACAGCUAAGAAAAUUUCUGGAGCUCAAAAAAGUUCUUCGAGAAUUUGAUCAAAAAUGUGAAAAUGAUCAAUUGGAUGCAAUGGACCUGGUUCGCUUGGCUAAGGCUUUCUAUGACGUUCUUGGACAAUUCCACACUAGUGCGGCAGACCUUGCAGGGAAGAUAGAGGAAUUACAGGCUAAAGUGAUUACAAAGGAGCUGCCAUCCAAGACAAAAGGAAAGUCUAAAGCAUCAAAGCAGACAAAGUCCGAGCCUCGGGCUUCUAAAAAGGAGAUGCCUAAGCCUAAGCCCUUAGUGAAACCAUUCAUGAAAGACAUGGAACAUAUUGAAACAGACAUGAUACAGUUACAACAAUUGUUGAGUACAAAAGUGGCUGUAGAAGAUCUACAAGAAAUGGCAAUAGCUGAACAUACAACUGAACAAUAAUUAUAUAAUAAUAUUAUAGUCAUUUUGUUUAUUUUGUUAGUGGAACGUUGUCAUUGAGUACUGUGUCUUCUCUGAUCUUGACUCCUGUGUAAUAAUUUUUGUGAUUAGCGCAAUA